AGUUCACAUACAUCAUAUAUAAAAACAAGCUCUUGUGUCAGCCAUUUAAACUAUAAAAACACGAUGCUCUCUGCCUCCAUGGCUGCUCUCCUUUCUUAGAUGUGUUCCAAAAUGACCUUCUCAAAUCACAUCUUUCUUCUUCUCUCUUUUGUCUGUGCAGCUACGUUGUUCUCUGGGGUUGAAUCCAAAACUAAAGAUAAUCUUUCCAAGGGCUUCACAGUUACACCAGACUCAUCAGUCACCUCAUUUCAACCUCUCCUCACCGAUUCCAACGCCAACUUCUCACUGGGUCUGCUCCGAGUCAAUCGCACUCAACUCGCUCUUGUUAUUCUCCACUUACCAUCUUCUCAACAGCUCUGGAUCGCCCGCACCAGUAGAUUACCACGCUGGUCACCUUCCACUCACGUAUUCUUCAAUGGCAGUCUCGUAAUAUCAGAUCAACACUCCAGGGUGUUGUGGUCAACUAACACAGACGGAGACCGCGUUUAUCUCUCCAACACAUCUAAUCUUCAAAUCAACGGCCCGGAUUCGAUCCUGUGGCAGAGCUUUCACUUCCCAUCCGACACACUCCUCGAGAACCAAAACUUCACGAGUAACAUGACACUAAAUUCCUCGAACGGGCUUUACUACAUGCACUUAGGUUACAAUUUCAUCGGCCUCUACGCGAAAUUCACCCCACAUUCGGGCCAAGAUCAAAUUUACUACAAGCGCAAAGCGAUGGAAAUAAAGGCCAAAAUUGUCAAAGGCCAAGGGCCCAUCUACGCAUCCGUUAGGUCGGACGGGUUUCUCGGUAUGUACCAAAACGAGACAGCUCCGAUUGAUAUACAAUCGUUCAGCAGUUAUCAGCAGUAUAAUCCCGGUAAUCGGAUUUUAAAAAUCGAAUCAGACGGUAAUCUAAAAGGUUACUAUUGGACAGGAUCAAAUUGGAUUCUUGAUUAUGAAGCGGUAUCUGAAUUUUGUGAACUCCCACGUUCGUGCGGUGCGUACGGUUUAUGUCACCCUAGCAAGGGAUGUUCGUGUUUAAAUAAUGAGACGGAUUUUUCUUCGGGCAAGUGCGAAGCACCGGAAAAUAACUCUGGCGAUUUUUGUAGCUUGCGUAAUAGUAAGUUUAAAAUAUUGCGAAAGAGUGGAGUUGAGUUGCCGUACAAAGAGCUAAUGGAGUACGAGAAAAUGAAUACGUUGGAGCAAUGCGAGAGGUCAUGCAAAGAGAGCUGCAAGUGCUGGGGUGCGGUGUACAGUAACUCCUCUGGGUUCUGCUACAGGAUAGAGUACCCCAUACAAACAUUAGUGAGUGUUGGUGAUGAUUCGAAAGUGGGGUAUUUUAAAGUGCGGGAGAGUGCAGGGAAGAGUAAGAUGGCGAUUGGGUUGGUGAUUGGAGCAGUACUGCUGUGCGGGGUAAUUUUGGUAUUUGCAUGGAUAGGGGUGACGUGGAGAAGGAAGAGGAGAGCAAGUAGGGCCUACGUGGAGGGAGAUAGUGGGGUAGUGGGUGUGGGACCGUAUAAGGAUUUGGCAUCUGAAAGUUUUGGUUCGAUAGAAUUAAGUGAAAGAAGGUGAUGUAAGGGCUGACGAAUUUUAGCACAGUUUAUGAUUUUGACUUUUUAUAUUCUUUUUCUCCACUUAUUGGGUCCCAAUCGACACUACUAUAGUGAGUGCUACAUGAUCGUUUUUGAUA